GCCGAAGCUCUCAGUUAAUAUCAAAAUCCGCACCACCCAUAAAUUCUCGCACUCGCUCACAUUCUUGAUGCAGUUCUCUAUCCAAAUACAAACUACUUCUCAUUACACACUCUGCCCAUAAUCGCAAUGGGUCCACGCGCUCGUCGCAGCAACUCUCCUGAGGAGUUCCCUCUUCUCAAAUCUCUCGGCCUCAUGGCAGUCAAGAUCAAGGGCGACGGAAAUUGUCUCUUCAAUUCCUUCUCAGACCAGAUUCACGGUGAUCAAACCCAUGCUCGGGAAAUCCGCACCAAGACCGUCGAAUACAUGAGAGAGCACCCCGACGAGUUCAAGUCAUUUGUUCACGUCGAAGUCGGUGGUGGAUCUCGUCGCAACCCCAAGAGAAAGAACGUUGGUGCAUCUUCAGCUCCACUUGACAACACAACUCCAAGUCCCGAACAAAUCGAAACUGCCUGGGAGCAAUACCUUGAACGUAUGUCUCGCAACGGAACAUACGGAGACAAUAUCGAGAUUCGAGCAUUCGCCAAGGCUUUUGACGUCGAUGUCAAGAUAUAUAAUCGGGACAACAGUUACUAUCUCAGGGCUGAGGAGCAUGGUGCUCGCCCAGUCAUCCACGUCGCACAUCAUACCUGGGAGCAUUACUCAUCCGUCCGCAACAUCAAUGGCCCUCGUACUGGUCGUCCAGAAAUCAAGAUCACCCCUGAGGCGGAAGCUGCCGCAAAGGCAAAAUCUGACCACGGACCCUACAUCGCUGACUGGAUGGUCAAUUCUAUCACCACCUCCCUUCCAUUCUUGGCCAACAAUGAAACCAUUCGCAAAGCACUCUACGACAAUAACGGCAGCAUCGAUGCAGCUGUUUCUCAACUCCUCGACGAACCCUCCUCCACCCCCUCAACCCCAGGCAGCUUUAGAUCCGUUACCUCAUCUCAAUCCGGAAGCAGCAGCAUCGAGCGGGACGCCGACUCCGACGACGAAGACGAGAUCUGGGGUCCUAACAAGCGCCAAAACCGAAAGAUCAAGGCUAUGAAGCAAGUUUCGAAGUCAAAGGCUGGAACACCGGAACUCAUGAUCAAGAAGGAGGCCAACCUGCCAGACAUGAAGGGGAUGGAGAUUUUGUACAUUUAGAUUUGGGAUAAACGACGCGAGUUUGGAAUGGUAGCAUGGGGCAUCAGCAUUGAGGCAUAACAUGGAGUUUGGGCAUUAUGGAUGCGGACGAUCGAAGCGCUCGACGUCUGCCUACUGCAUUUUAAGGGCGUUUUUAGAACAGAUGCAUAGAAAGGUGCAUGGAUGGAUGCAUUGAAUGAGGGAAGAUUGAUACCUAAUAGAUGCAUGAUGAAUAGAGAGAUUCCUGUG